AUGUCUCUAAUCCGAAUAGCUUUUUCUUUGGUCCUCCUCCUCGCCGCGGCGGAGUCCGCGGCGGCGACGCGUUCACCGUCGGCCUUCGUGCAGAACGCUAUCUACUCCAACCGCAUCACCAUCUUCUCCAAAUCCUACUGCCCGUACUGUAUGCGUGCUAAGCGAAUAUUUAAAGACCUCAAUGAAGAUCCUUACGUUGUUGAACUUGAUCUCCGAGAGGAUGGCCGAGAAAUUCAAGGUGUUCUUCUAGACCUAGUUGGGCGCAAUACUGUGCCACAGGUGUUUGUGUAUGGCCACCACGUUGGUGGCUCAGAUGAUACAAAAACUGCUCUUUCAGACGGGCAACUUCAGAAGCUUCUUGGUAAGAGUCAGUCGCAGUGA